CGGAACUGCCCCACUGCCUCUGUUGGGAACCUGGCUGCCUUCUGAGCUGGCGGCCUUAUCUCCUGGUGUACAAAGAAGCAGCAGGGAAGACGAGAAAAGAUGGAGCCCGAAUCCCUCUACGACCUUCUGCAGCUCCCGAAGGAGGAACCGCCCACAGAGGAGGAGCUCCCACGAGGAGGAAAGAAGAAAUACCUGCCCCCCAACUCCAGGAGGGACCCCAAGUUUGAAGAACUACAAAAGCAGGUGCUGAUGGAGUGGAUCAACACCACGCUCCUCCCGGAGCACAUUGUGGUCCGAAGCCUGGAGGAGGACAUAUUUGAUGGGCUCAUUCUGCACCACCUGUUUGAGAAGCUGGCAUCCCUCAAGUUGGAAGUGGAGGAGAUUGCUCUGACCGCUGCCAGCCAGAGACGCAAGCUCAGGGUCAUCCUGGAGGCCACCAACCACAGUCUGCAGGUGGAUGAGCUGCAGGCCAAGUGGAGUGUGGAGGCCAUCUUCAACAAGGACCUGCUGGCCACUUUGCACCUCCUUGUGGCCCUGGCCAGGUGCUUCCAGCCCGACCUGCCCCUCCCGGCCAAUGUCCAGGUGGAAGUCAUCCGCAUUGAGAGCACCAGGACUGGCCUCAAGUCGGAAAAGGUGGUGGAACAGCUCACAGAAUGCAGUGCACACAAGGACCAGUCUUCACAGGACGUCUUUGAUGAAUUAUUUAAGCUGGCUCCUGAGAAAGUGCACGCCGUGAAAGAGGCUAUUGUGAGCUUUGUUAACCAGAAGCUGGAGCGCCUGGGCCUGUCUGUACAGAGUUUGGACACCCAGUUUGCAGAUGGCGUCAUCCUGCUCCUCCUCAUUGGACAGCUGGAAGGCUUCUUCCUGCACCUCAAGGAAUUCCACCUCACUCCCAGCUCUCCAGCAGAAAUGCUGCACAAUGUCACGCUGGCCCUGGAGCUACUGAAGGAUGAAGGCCUGCUCAGCUAUCCCGUCAAUCCCGAAGACAUCGUGAACAAGGAUGCCAAGAGCACACUGCGGGUGCUCUACAGCCUGUUCCUCAAGCACACGAUGAGGACAGAUGGGGAUGGGGCACCCCGUGGAACCCCAAAUUAGCCACUGCUGCCUCCCUAAGCCAUUUCUCAAGACCUGAAGCCUGGACCCAGCGAGAGGGCCCAGCAUCCCCCAGGUCUUCCCACCCCAGCCCUGCUCCUCUGGGUAAAUGACCCAUGUCCCUCCCAGGUCUCUCUUGCCUCUGUCCACACACCAGCCAAGGCCUUUGACCUCAUGAGAUGGGGGUCUGUUUUGAGCCAACCUCUGUUUUGUUCAGUGUAUCUUAGUAAGUGUGUACAUGUAUUUCUGUGGGACCCUCUGGGAGCCAGUGGACUCCUUCUGGGUGGGCCCUUAACUGUGGUGAGAAAGAGUUGAGCCCCCAGACUGUGCCAGUCCUUGGCAGCCUCCAGCCCAUCUCCUGGGGUUCUAGGUAAACAGGUUGGCCAUCCACAGAGUCCUCACAAAGCCAAAAUUCCCCCACUUGAGGCUUUUAGGUGCCAGGGCUGAGGGCCUCAGGCCUCACUGAACUCAACUGCCUGCUGCCCACCACCCUCUUGGGGUGACAGGCCCAGGAUCACCCUGCCUGGCUCCUCCAUAUCAUCACCUCAUCCUGUUUGAUAGAAAAUUUCAAUCAUCAUAAUUCAUUUUUUCACGUUAUUGAGGAAUAAUGCACCACUAACAUUUUCCUGGUUUAAAUGUACAAUUUGAUGAGGUUUGAGAAACAUAUAUAGUCACAUCACCUGAACGAGAAGAACCGAGUCUAUCACCCAAGGCUCUGCCUGCCUGGGUUCCAGGCCCUGGAAACUGCCAGUUUGAUUUUGUCACUAUUGUUUCUUCCAGAAUGUUCUAUAAGCUGUGUCAGAGAGGACACAGCCAUCUGUGUGGGUCCCUUUCCCCUGCACAAUGCUGCAGUCUCCAUAGUGACCCCACAGUCCUCCCCUCCGCUUGCAGGUCCCAGGCCCUUCCAGUGGUGCCACUGGCUGCCAACUGACCACGGGGGAGUGCCUUACUUUUUGUGAGCUGUAGUCUGUAGGAUUGUUCUUUGUUUGUGUGUUUUUUUUAUUGCUAUGUGUGUUCAAGUCUUUGCACCCACAUGUUCCCUUUUCUUAGGUGAAAACCUAGAAUGGACACAGCUGAUUCAUAUAGUAAUCAUAUUUUAAUUAUAUGUUUUAUGCUAUAAAAAGCUAUGAAACCAUUUUCUGAAGUAAAUACACCGCUUUGCAUUCCCACCUGCAACAUACAAAGAGCUCAGGUUGCUCUGAGUUCUUAUCAGCACAUGGUAUGGUCAGUCUUUUCAA